UACAAGAUAUGCAAUGUCCAUUUGCAUCAUUGUGCUAUUUAUUAUCUAUUAGAGUGCUGGACAGACUGGAUGGACUGUGACAACCCAACAGGAACUGGAGACUGGGAGACUAUCAGUAACCUGAAGAAGUACUACCCCAAGGACAUGUGCCCCAACCCCACCGCCAUCGAGGUGGCAACUGUGGAUGGCAUCAGCAUGGCGGAUGCAGGCAAUGUGUUUUAUGCUUACACUUACAAGAUCAUACAUAAUGUCUCAGUAACAGUUUGUUGGAUGUUAAUGGUGUUUUAUAUUUGGCACAGGAACGAUCACAUCACUGGGCUCAUCUGUAAGAACGCAGAUCAGGAGAAAUGCUUCUGCCGGGACUACAAAGUCCGUUUUGUCUGCUACCCUCCAUUCUGUGGCAACCAGAAACUGUGCUGGACAAAGUGGUAUGAUCGUGACAAUCCCUCCGGUACCGGUGACUGGGAGCUGCUGCAGAACCUGCGGAACGAGAACCCUGGUGAGAUCUGUGCCGAUCCGAUCGCCAUUGAGAGCAGGACUGUGGACACAGACACUCCUGCCGCCACGACUGGCCAAGACUUCCUCCACUUCUCUCCAACAACUGGGUUCGUAUGCAAGAACGGCCCCAACCAAUACUGCCGGGACUACAAAGUCCGGUUUGGGUGUCCUUGUAAGCCUGUCUUGGCAGAACUGGCUGUUGAGAGAGACGAAUCUUGAUCCAUUGGAGAUACUAUCCCAUAAUAUCUCAAGGGUGUGAGUGUUCAAUGGGUACUUUCCCCAGUAGUGUCAUCUUACAUCUGUUGUUGUGUUUCCCCAUAU